AUGUCCGUAUUAGCUCGUAGUCGCGGUCCGCAGCUGGCAGGCACCUGCGCAAACAUCACGCCACGCAUGUUGCAACACUCAAGACGUGGCCUUGCGACCGUAUCGCCUGUCUCUACCGCAACUCGGAACCACAAAAUUGUGGUAAUUGGCAGCGGAUCAGCAGGAAUAUCACUCUCCCAUCAACUGUUGCGCAAAGGCAAUUUCAAACAAGACGAUAUCGCCAUCAUCGACCCUGCCCAAUGGCACCAUUAUCAACCUGGCUGGACCUUGGUUGGCGGUGGGCUUAAAAAGAAGGAGGACCUCCGCCGUCCGAUGGCAGAGUUGAUGCAUCCGAGCUUCAAGUUCUACAACACUUCUGUCAGCAACUUUUCACCUGAACAAAACUCCGUUACGACAGGCUCUGGGGAGAAGAUAUCAUAUGAACAGCUUGUGGUGGUGCCUGGCAUUACACUGGAUUACGGUAGUGUCAAAGGACUGAAGAAGGCAUUGGAAGAGAAGGACGCCAUGGUGAGCAGUAUCUAUGACUAUGCAUACUGCGACAAAGCAUACGAGAAUGUGAAGAAGUUCAAAAACGGAGACGCCGUAUUCACACAACCAGCUGGUGUAGUCAAGUGCGCAGGCGCGCCACAAAAGAUCAUGUGGCUUGCGCUAGACUACUGGAAGAAUGCCGGCCUGUACAAGACUGAUGCUUCAUCACCAAUCAAGAUUGCCUUCGCCACAGGUCUACCAACCAUGUUCGGAGUGCCUAAGUAUGCGGAAGCCCUAGAGAAACUCCGUGUAGAGCGUGGUGUAGAAGGUCUUUUCCAACACGACCUCGUCUCUAUCGACGGCAACACUGCAACUUUCAAUGUCCCGAACCAGAGUCCCGUCAAAAAGCACUUUGACUUCCUACACGUCGCACCAAAGAAUGUACCUUGGGAUUUCGUAAAAAAGAGCGCCCUCGCAAACGAAGCCGGCUACGUCUCUGUCUCGGACUCAACCACUCAGCACACCAAGUACCCCAACGUAUGGUCCAUCGGCGAUGCUUCAUCACUUCCUACCUCAAAAACCGUUGCCGCCAUCACAGCUGAAGCUCCAGUCCUCGUAUCAAACCUACUUUCCGCCAUGGCCAACAAGCCACUCGAAGCAAGCUAUGAUGGUUACACCAGCUGCCCGUUGUUGACUGGCCAGAAGGAGGUCUUGCUGGCGGAGUUCAAGUAUGGAGGUGUGCCCAAGGAGACGUUCAACCGCAUUCUAGGUAUAGAUCAGGGUGUCCCGAGGAAAGCAUUUUAUUGGCUUAAGAAAGACUUUUUCCCUUGGGUAUAUGGGAAGUAUCAUGUCAAAGGAGAGUGGGCAGGGCCAAAGGGAUUGGCUAGGUGA